AUGAAAUAUGGCGUCAUAAUGCUGUGCAGACUAUCUCUUCGUUCGCUUGGUUUUGCAGGUGCCUCCCGUCAGUUUGUGAAUUUAAGUGGAAAGCCGGGAUUCGUUAUGGCAAGUGUCGACAUUGGAAAGAAGAAUGCGGCCUAUAAAGCUGUGGACGAUUGGUUAAAGGACGGCCAAACUGUCGGUAUUGGUAGUGGGACCACAGUUGUGUACGUUGUAGAUAGGAUAAUGGAACUAGUAAAAAAGUCCGGACUGAGUAUUACAUGUAUUCCAACGUCAUUUCAGUUGGAUGUUGCUUUUGAUGGAGUUGACGAGAUAACUCCUGAAUUCGCUUCGAUCAAAGGUGGCGGUGGUUGCCUCAUCCAGGAAAAAAUCGUCGACGCGAAUUCUAAGUACUUUAUCGUGGUGGCUGAUGAAAGCAAGAGUUCAAACUACCUUGGUGAGCACUGGAAAAGGGGUCUCCCAAUUGAAGUUAUUCCGAUGGCGGUGACUCCUGUUAAGAUGGAAAUCGAGAGGCGGUUCGGUGGUGAAGCGAACUUGAGAAUGGCGGUCGCAAAAAUGGGUCCUCUCUUGACCGACAACGGAAAUUUCAUAUUGGAUUGGAAAUUUGUGCCUAGCCCGUCACUGGAUUGGAAUCAAGUCGACAUCGAUUUACACAUGAUCCCUGGAGUUGUCGGAACAGGCCUCUUCCUGGGCACUGCUCAUCAGGCGUACCUUGGGAAGGCCGACGGAACCGUGCGUGUCGUGAAGAAUCCCAGUCACUGA